GUAAAUUCAGAGAUAGACUGAGAACUCUUCACCGGGGGUCAUCAAAAGCAUCUCGUCUCAUUGCAGGAGGUUAUCAUGUUGGGGAUGAAGAAAGCCACGGCCGUCACAAUGCUAGUUGUCUUGCAACUGGCUCUGUCGACGGCAGGACAGACGUAUCAAUACAGCAGAGGCUGGACGAAUGGAAGGAAGAGGUCUCACGAAGUAGCACGAAAACUUCGACAGCAUCCUCUGGCUUUCCCGUCCAGAGACGACAACGACAUUGAUGCCCAGGAUUUCCCGAAAUGGUUACUUCUUCCACAAGAACACUUUCGAAGGGAACUUCAACUAGCUUUAUGGAGACUACACAAACUACAAAAUCGUCCUGACUUUGACGAUGGAAUAUUUAAAGAGCAAAUGCACUGAGAAAAUGGAAGCUGCAGAAUCCUGAAGCUUUGAAGGAUUUUUUAAGAUAACAGUUUUUAAAAAGCUGUAAAAAUAUUUCUGAAUAAGAAAUUCUUUUCUUGCAUGAUUAUAACUGUGGGAUAUGGUACUAACACUUAAUUCAAAUAUUUGUAAAACUGAAAAUAAAGGACU